AAACAUGACGCUUAGUUUAUUUGUGGUAGCUCUAUAGUAUUAAGUUUAAAUGUAUGCGUUUAAACAUGUGCUUCUUUCACUAUAUUAAAGUAUAAUAAUGGAUACUGUGUAUUUGAAUUAUGUCAUGUAAAGGCAUAUCUUAACAUAUGAAUAAUACACUUAAUUAUCAGUUCAUUGAUAAUGUUGUUGAUAUGAUUAUGUACCCCAGAUUAUUUCAUUGUACAUGUAUGUAAUCAGUGGUAUAGAUACUGGACAUGACAAUCUGACCGCUGCUGGACGUUUACUGUAAAUGAACCAUGUUACACUUUAUCGAACACGCAGUGUUUACACUAGUUCUUGCGGUUCUUAUCAGUAUAUAUUACAAAAAAGGUCCUCAGCAGUUCUUCAGAGUUAUCGUUCUUGCCUUGAAAGAAUUGCCGGGAGUAAAGACCAUUAUUGACCUUAUACUGAAGAAUGAGGUGUCAAGUUUUGUGAAGACAACCAGCUUGGCUCAAGAUGUUGUUAAAAGCAAGCCAAGGGUAUUGAUUCCUGAAAAAGGAUUCACUGCAGAGGAUAUGAGAGAACAGAUGAAGAACUUACAGAAACGUAAUGCUAACCCGGAACGUGACGGAAACGUGUUUGCGUACCAGUACACGUUGUAUGAUGAUAAUUAUAAGCUUCAACAAGAAGCUUUUGAUUUGUUCUGUGAGAAAACUGGUCAUUCUGUUGAGCAUGAUGAGCUCGUCAAAGAAUUUUUUCACGGAUUCAUGCACGAAAAUGCUCUAAACCCGAUUAUUUUUCCGGCACUCAGGUUAAUGGAAACGGAAGUUGUCAGUAUGACCUCCGCCAUGUUGAAUGGAAACAGUGAAGUUGUGGGAUUUCUUACGUCCGGUGGAACAGAAAGCAAUUUGAUGGCAGUGAAAACGUUCAGAGACAUGGCUCUUGCCACAAGGCCUAACAUCAGAAAACCAAAUAUUAUUGCGCCAAUAACUGUACAUCCAACGAUCGACAAAGCAGCUCAUUACUUUGGAUUAGAAGUGAUACAUACACCAAUGGCAUCAGACUUCAGAGCCGAUGUUAAAGCUAUCGAACAGGCAAUAAAUUCGGACACUGUGAUGCUAGUCGCCUCCGCGCCACAGUUCUGUCACGCUGUAAUGGAUCCUAUAGAAGAAAUUGCUGCUCUUGCUUUGAAGAAAGGAUUGCCUCUACACGUGGACGCUUGUUUUGGAGGAUUCAUGUUGCCAUGGGUAGAGAAACUUGGAUACCCGGUACCAAAAUUCGAUUUCCGUGUUCCUGGUGUGACCUCAAUGUCUGCGGAUGUGCAUAAAUAUGGAUUUUGUGUGAAGGGUGCAAGCGUUAUAUGUUACAAGAAUUCUGACAUACGGAAAUACCAAAUAUACGCCUAUUCCGAGUGGCCAGGAGGGCUGUAUGGCUCACCUUCCAUGGCAGGCACUAGGCCAGGUGGCAAUAUUGCAGCGGCAUGGGCGGCCAUGAAAGCCCUUGGACAAGACGGAUACAUAGAUAAAGCUAAAACGUUAAUGGACACAACUGUGAAAAUGAUAAAACGAAUAAAGAAUGUCAAGGGAUUAUACAUCAUGGGAGAACCUUGUAUGACAGCAUUUGCAAUAGCAGCAAGAGACCCGAACAUUAACAUCCAGGCAGUAGCUGAUGCCAUGGAAACAAAAGGUUGGAAAAUGGAACGAAACCAACUGCCAGAUUCUCUUCACUGUUCUAUUCUACCACACCAUAUACCUGUAGCUGACAAGUUUCUUGAUGACCUUGAAGACGCAACUAAUUAUUGCAGGGAUAACAAAGCCUUAGCGAAGAAAGGGACAGCAGGGGUUUAUGGGAUGAUGGCCAACAUUCCUGACAAGGGGAUUGUCACAGACUUCCUUGUAGAAUUCUUCAGCGAGGUGUAUAAAUGCAAAUAAUUAUGAGAAUAAAUGAGUUUUAUUUGAGGAUAGAGAUAUUACAAACUGAAUUGACAUUUAAAUUUCAUAAUUUAUAACGAAUAAUGUUAGCUUCUGAGCACAAGAUCAUGCGGUGAUGAUAUGCUCUCUUAAAAGAAUCAAUAUAAAUGUGUUAUAAGAAAUAGACAUAAUACACACGUUGAUAUAAGUGUGUGUAUAGUUUUAGUUUCCGGUGCCUACACGCACGUGUGUGUUUAAACGUGGCUAGUGUUUUUUUUAACAACUGUUGUGCAUAUUAUGAGGAAUUCACACGUUUCUUUAGAAUAUUCUUUGUCAGACAGUAUGUCUUAUUACACAUUGUUAAUCAAACUCCUAUCAGAAUGGUACAUAAAUGAAUAAAUACAUAUUCAGUGUACCAUACAGGCUAGUUACUUUUGUCUGUUUUUGAGAUUUUACAUGAUGAACUUCGGGGCAAAUGGAAUGAAAGUGAUGUUCACAACCUAUUUGUCAAAAUCUUGUUGGUCUUCGACCUUUCUGUUAUUAAAUGAAUGCACUAAAUGAAAUAUAUAAUUAUGAACACGUU